AAUCCCUUUCAUAUAUAAUUUAUAUAGUUCAAUGUGGCAUCAUAUAUACUAAUAAUAUGAACCGGACGAUUUAGAGUAUGGGCCCUAUAUCAUAAUUGAGAGGCUAGUAUAUUUGCCUCUGAUAAUGUGUUUGUUGCAUUACAGUUGAAUGAAAAAAUGCCUAAAUGGCUUCUGCAUGUGUUUACACUUUUUUGCUAUUUCCUUUUUCAUGUCCAAAGUUCUCAUGAAGUUGAAGAUGAAAUCAGCAGAUCUCAAUUCCCAAAAGGCUUCCUCUUUGGAGCAAGCACUUCCUCUUACCAGAUUGAGGGAGCAGCUUUUGAAGAUGGUAAAGGUUUAAGCAAUUGGGAUGUAUUCAGUCAUACACCAGGAAAGAUAAACAAUAAUGAGAAUGGUGAUAUAGCAGAUGAUCAUUAUCAUCACUAUCAGGAAGACAUCAAAUUGAUGUCCUCUCUUGGGAUAAAUGUAUACCGAUUUUCAAUUUCAUGGACUAGGAUUUUGCCCAGAGGGAUAUACGGGAACAUAAAUCCUAGUGGGGUAAUGUUCUACAACAAUAUUAUUGACAAUCUGCUACUUAGAGGUAUUGAGCCAUUUGUGACAAUUCAUCAUCAUGACUUGCCACAAGAGCUGGAAGAUAGAUAUGGUGGAUGGCUUAGUCCCCUAAUUCAGAGAGAUUUUGUUCAUUUUGCUGAAAUUUGUUUUAAGAGCUUUGGAGAUAGGGUUAAGUACUGGAUCACGAUCAACGAACCGACUCUCGUCGCAGACAACGCCUUUAUAAAGGGAAUAUACUCCUCUGGUCAUUGUUCCCUUCCUUUUGGAAACUGUUAUACUGGUAACUCUGAUGUUGAGCCUCUCCUUGUCAUGCACAAUAUGUUGUUGUCACAUGCUAAGGCUGUUGAAUUAUACCGCAAUCACUAUCAGGCAAAGCAAGGUGGAACUAUUGGUAUUGUUGCACAUACCUUCAUGUAUGAACCUCUUAGAGAAGAAGAGUGUGAUAGACAAGCUGCAAACAGGGCCUUGGCUUUUGUCAUUGGCUGGUUACUAGAUCCUCUAGUUUUUGGUGAGUACCCAGUUGAAAUGCGCUCUAUUCUUGGUCACCAGUUGCCGAAGUUCUCCCUUAAGGAGAAGAGUCUCCUAAGAGGCAGUCUGGACUUCAUUGGAAUCAAUAAUUAUGGAGCUCUCUAUGCCAAGGAUUGUUACUUCUCUAAUUGUCCUAUUGAAGCAGCUCAACCAAUAAGAGGCUUUGUGGAAACAACUGGGAUGAAAGAUGGCAUUCCAAUUGGUGAUAAGGUAAUUCAUAUGUACUUCAGCUGCUCUUAUCAUUAUGUUGUAAUAUUGGUUAUAACAUGUACUCCCAGCAAAAAGAUAUUUGAAAAGUUGGUGUAUUUGGUCUAA